AUGCCAAUCACGACGCCCAGGGAGCUUGUUGACGAAUUCAAAAAGUCUGGGGAAUUUGACCGCCUCAGGCGCGAACUAUUGAAAGAGUUCCAGCGAAGCGAUGCGGCGACCAGGCUGAAAGAGAAAGUGGAAGGAAUCGCUCGGCAAUGGCUGGACUCCGAACAGAGGCAAUAUAUGUCUCAGGAGCAUAUUCACAAGUCCCUGAUGCAAGAAGUCGACAGAUACCCCAUUGUCGAACGCGCUGCAGCGGACAUGCAAUCCGUUACCGACGAAUCAUUUUCUUCUGCGGUUAGGAGGUCAUUGCAGAAGAUUCUUCGGGAAGACAGAGGCGAGAAGGUUGACGACUCCGAAGUGGCACAGCAACAAGAACCGCUGAAAGAAGGUUCAGGUGGGACGGAUACGCCCAAGGUCGCAUCUACGGACGUAAACUCAUCAACUACAAAUGGCCCUCCGGAAGCCGAGCCCGAGGCAGCUGCCAUCUCCGUCCCGACGUCGGGAUCCUCUGAACCUAUGCCUAUUACCAUCGUUCCACCAAGCCCAGACCCACUGUCCUCUCCAUCCGCCUUCCAGGACGAAACCAAGGACAAGGCACCCUUGAAUGCUGUCGCAUCUCCCGCCGCUACCCAUAGCGAAUCUCCCGUCGCUUUUGCAAUAAGCAACGAGCCUGGAGGAGAUCAAACCCCUGCCGCGGUCACGGCAAAUGCUGAGGUUGUAACAACCGUGUUGCCGUUGAUAGUUUAA